CAGCUUUGUUUGUCUUUUUUUCACUUCAUAGGAUGAGUGCUGGACGGGCGUCUGAGGGCGCUGCCUGCAUUACCUGGUGGGGCUUCAGUCCUGCGCGCGACCUGCUGAGUAUGGGUCCUGUGAGACUCGAAAGGGAUGUCAACAUUUUACUGGUUGGCAGUGGAGAUCCACGACAUAUUUUGAAGACCAUUUCUAGUUUGCGGGACGAAGAAAACCUCCACGUGUGGGUGAUAGAAAACAGCAUGGAGUUGGUGGCUAGACAGCUGUUGCUUAUCUACUUGGCUCUGAUACCAAGGAAAGCUUGGGGAAUAAUGGUGGAAGACAGGGUUUUUCUGGAGGUUUUUGGGAACGCUGAGAUCCGCAGUCAGACAGAAGAGACACUGAAACGUGCAGCAUCGCAGCUCUCUUUGUCUGUUACUGAAACACUGGAGACAGCCACGCACCCCUGUCUGAACACAACUCUUCUCAAGUUUAAGGAGCGAGAUGAGUUGGCUAGGAUAUUCAAGUUGUGGGUCCAGCCUCGGCUUCCAUCAUCUUCAUCUGUUUGUGCAGCUCCUAUCUUAAUGUCCAAAGCCUGGGAUUAUCGGGUCAGACAGCACCUCGGAACACGCUACGACUCUAAAAAGAGCUGCUUCGACUGGGAUCUGACAAUGAAACUGCACGAGAAAGGGUGUGGCGUCAUCAACAAACAACAAUAUGCGCAAUGGAGGGAACGGGGUUUAGCUUUUGAAAUGAGGGAAGGUGUCUACCAAACAACCAAUCCAAGUUUGCUGUCUGCAAGAGUGUUCAGUCAGAGAGGGGACAAAGUGGCUGUCAGGGGCUACUGGGGAGACAUUGCCUCCAGUCCUUACCUCUCCUUUGGCAUUGAAACUGAGGACAAAAGCCUGCUGAAGACACAGAAUGGCCAACACAUAAAGACAGCCCAGGAUAUCUCUUUUGCUAACGUGCAGGAAUUGUUCCAGUCGCUGUCCAGUAGACGGGGCUGCCCUACCACUUCUCAGUUAGACACAAAUACAGAGGAGCCAUCCCCAGAGACGGACCCCAAAUCUGUCACCAUUAACAACUUGAUGCAUCUGAGUGGGAUCUCUGUGACCUUCCUGCCCAUGGACUCACUUUACAAACUGCCAGAAAAACAGAAAUACUCCCACUUCUUCAACACCAUCUACUUCUCUGCCAGCUGCGCACACCAGUUGGGCCCGACAAUGAGACAGAUUGCAGCACCAGACGCUGUGCUUGUGGUGGAGUUGGCCAAGUACAUUUUAGAUCUGAACAAAGAGCAAGAAGCAGGCUUUGCAGAGAAAGUGGCAAGCAUCGCUUUGGAGGCUGGAUUUGAGCCAUGGCAUGAGGAGAAGAGUGAUGACGUCCAUGCAAUUUUCAUACCACAGAGGAAGUGAAGUUGGUUUUCUGUGCUCUGAUUGUGAACAACUUUACCUAUACAAUAUGCAACAGAUUGACAGCCGAGGUGGUAUUGCUUCACAUCAGUCAUUUUUCA